AUGGACGAUGGCAGCAUUCCACCAGCUGCCUCAAAAAUAUCCACAGGACCAGAUGUGGAUCGACAUACCUUGCGUUCACCGCAUAAUUCUUCCGCCGCCGUCAGUCGCAUACCCUGCGAACUGCUUAUUGAUAUCAUUCGUUCUACUCAAAAUCUCGGACUUGGAGACACAGAAUGGCUCAAUCUGGUCUCCGUCUGUCGCUUUUGGUAUAAUGUUGCCGUCGCCGCACCCAUUCUGUGGACCGACAUCAAUAUGAUACACAGAGAAUCUUUCUUGCGGCUGUGUUUGGAGCGGUCUGGAGUUGCAUGCUUAGACGUCCGUGUACAAGGAAUUCGUCCGGCACCCAGAGUUUACGAGAAGCUGUUGAUCGUGCAAGAACAGGCACAUCGUAUCCGGAGCCUGAGUAUGGAGUACCUCGAAGAUUUGGACAUGCGAUGCGUCCUUGCGAUGCUUUGUCGCUCAAUGCCUGAGCUGAAAAUGCUUGCGCUGCGUCCUUCUGGGCAGGCAUACUCAGUUCCUGCUUGCUCGCAGACGAACUUUCCCCUGCUACGAUUUGUGUCGUUGGCACGGAUUGCCAUUCACUCCUUUACCUCUAGCCUCACAGACCUCGUCAGCCUGAAGUUGUUUUAUCCUCCCGGUUGCGGAAUACAGAUGCCACCAAUGGACACUGUACUCGACAUAUUAGAUGCUUGUCCUGCAUUGUCGGUGUUGACACUCGAUAAUUCUGAGCUCAGGGAGGAUGCCAUCAUAUAUCAUCCAUCCAGCCGCCGAGUUUCUCUGCCAAAACUUCUUACACUGUUGCUCUCCGGUAUUCCUAUGGACGUUGCAGUCCUCCUUGGCCAUUUGAUCUUUCCUCCGGAAGCAUCGGUCAUUCUUCAACUACCGUUUGGAGCCACAGAAGAUGACGCAGAUGAUUUGACUCCAGCGCGUAUGAUCCCACCGUCUCGUGAUAGGAGAACGAUCACAAAUGUGAUCCUAGACGUCGUUGACGUUACCCUUAUCUUCACCUACGAUUGUUAUGAACUAUAUGCCCUUUCCCCAACGGGCCCAAAGCUUACGAUGGACCUCUCAAGCCAUGCUAUAUCCUACUCAUCAGGUACCCGUGUCCUAUCAGACAUCGCAGAACUCUUCUCUUCGUCGCCUGUCACUCGGUUAAGAGUGGCAGGUGAUUUUGGCUCUAUACCGGUUAAUCAAUGGCGACAAUACCUGUGUUGUUUCCCCCUCCUCGAGCGGCUUGAUGUGUCCGACCUCGGUGAGAGCUCAAGCCUCUUCAGAGCUCUAGGGUCCUCGGUCAGUGAUGACGAGGAUCGAUAUCUCUGUCCGCGUCUCCAGGAGUUCAUCGUGGACCUGUGCUGCCCAUUCCAGGUGUAUGUGGACGAUAUAGUUGUGUGCCUAGAAUAUCGAGCAUCACGAGGAGUACGGUUGAAGAGGUUCGGUCUGCGAUGGAAUGAUGAAGACUACAGGCAUUGUCUGACACCUAUCACCUUGGAGACGAUGAAUAGCGCUGUUGAUCGCCUUGAGUAUGCUAGAUUCGUGUUCAACGGGUUCUUUUCUUAUCGAAGAUCAGAACUGCGGCUUUACGAACCGUGA